AUGAGAGGAGGAGACGCACGCUCUCCAAUCAGUGUUCACCCCGGGAUGGCGGCAGCUCAGGGACCUGUGGACGCCUCCUCCCCAGAACAGAAUGGUGCUGUGCCCAACGAGGCCAUCAAGAAGGACCACAGCCUCCAACGGGGCAACUGGGGCAACCAGAUCGAGUUUGUUCUGACGAGCGUGGGCUAUGCCGUGGGCCUGGGCAAUGUCUGGCGUUUCCCAUACCUCUGCUACCGCAACGGGGGAGGAGCCUUCCUGAUCCCCUACUUCAUCAUGGUCACCUUCUGUGGGAUCCCUAUCUUCUUCAUGGAACUCUCCUUCGGCCAGUUUGCAAGUCAGGGCUGCCUGGGGGUCUGGAGGAUCAGCCCCAUGUUCAAAGGUGUGGGCUACGGCAUGAUCGUGGUGUCCACGUACAUCGGCAUAUACUACAACAUGGUGGUCAGCAUCGCCUUCUACUACUUCUUCUCAUCCCUGACGUCCGUGCUGCCCUGGACCUACUGCGAUAACCCUUGGAACACGCCCAACUGUGUGAGCGUGUUGGAAAACCCCAACAUCACUAAGAGCGUGCAGCCUCCUGCCCUGCCUGGCAACGUCUCUCAGGCACUCAACCAGACCCUCCAGAGGACAAGCCCCAGCGAGGAGUACUGGAAGUUCUACGUGCUGAAGCUGUCAGAUGACAUCGGAAACUUCGGGGAGGUGCAGGUGCACCUCCUCAGCUGCCUGUUUGUCUCCUGGGUGGUCGUCUUCCUCUGCCUCAUGCAAGGGAUCAGGACUUCAGGGAAAGUGGUGUACUUUACGGCCACAUUCCCCUACGUGGUGCUGACCAUCCUGUUCUUCCGUGGCAUGACCCUGGAAGGAGCCUCCACGGGCAUCAAGUACUACCUGACUCCACAGUGGGACAAGAUCCUGGAGGCCAAGGUCUGGGGGGACGCCGCCUCCCAGAUCUUCUACUCGCUGGGCUGUGCGUGGGGAGGGCUCAUCACCAUGGCUUCCUACAACAAGUUCCACAACAACUGUUACCGAGACAGUGUCAUCAUCAGCAUCACUAACUGUGCCACCAGCAUCUAUGCUGGCUUCGUCAUCUUCUCCAUCCUGGGCUUCAUGGCCAAUCACCUGGGUGAAGAUGUGUCCAGUGUGGCAGAACACGGCCCAGGCCUGGCCUUCGUGGCAUACCCAGAGGCCCUCACACUGCUGCCCAUCGCCCCACUCUGGUCCCUGCUCUUCUUCUUCAUGCUCAUCUUGAUGGGGCUGGGCACUCAGUUUUGCCUCCUAGAGACGCUGGUCACAGCCCUUGUGGAUGAGGUCAGGAACGAGUGGAUCCUACAGCGAAAGAUUUAUGUGACCUUGGGCAUGGCUGUGGCUGGCUUCCUUCUGGGUAUUCCCCUCACCAGCCAGGCAGGCAUCUACUGGCUGCUGCUGAUGGACAACUACGCGGCCAGCUUCUCCUUGGUCAUCAUCUCCUGUAUCAUGUGUGUGUGCAUCAUGUACAUUUACGGGCACCAGAACUACUUCCAGGACAUCCAGAUGAUGCUGGGGUUCCCACCGCCCCUCUUCUUCCAGAUCUGCUGGCGCGUAAUCUCACCAGCUAUCAUCUUUUUGAUUCUCAUCUUCCUGGUGAUCCAGUACGAGACAAUCACCUACAACGAAUACCAGUAUCCAAGCUGGGCCGAGGCCAUUGGCUUCCUUAUGGCUCUGUCCUCUGUUAUUUGCAUUCCAUUCUACGCCCUGUUCUACUUCCGGAGAACAGAUGGGGACACCUUCCUCCAGCGUUUGAAAAACUCAACAAAGCCAAGCAGAGACUGGGGGCCCGCCCUCCUGGAGCACCGAACAGGGCGCUAUGCCCCCACCAUUCCACCCUCCCCUGAAGAUGGGCUUGAGUUCCAGCUGCUGGACCCAGACAAGGCCCAGAUUCCCAUGGUGGGCAGUAAUGACCCCAUCCGUCUGCAGGACUCCCAGAUGUGA